ACAGUGAUAAAAAAACUUUUGACAAUAAGACAAGGACUCUCAAAUAACAAUAAUAGAUAAUAAAUAUGGCUAUACUUCAUAGGGCUUUAUUUACCUGGUUUAUCUUUUUAGUAUUUUUAAUAUUAUUGUGUCUGAGGUUAGAAUCAAGAACACAUUGGAAUUGGUUUAUAGUUUUUAUACCUAUUGCCGCUGAGAUUAAAAACUCUGGAGUAACUAAAGUGUCUGCAGGAGAUACAGCUGUUUUAAAGUGUAUCAGUAAUGACUACAAACACAAUUUUAUGUUUUGGCUUAUUGAUCAGACUAAAAUCAUUGGACCUGGAAAUGAGUAUGACAAAAAUAAAUAUUCAUAUGAGGUAUUGUCUGGGAAUCUUAAAAUUCAUGCUGUAACUCCAGAUGAGGCUGGAUACUAUAAAUGUAUCUCAAAAGAUAUCAGUGGUUCAGGAGGAAUUACAGUAGGGGAAGUGGAAAUGGUAGUUGGUGGUGCAAAAUUUUCUGCAUCUGAAGCUGUCAAACUAAUAGCUAUGGUGGUCUCUAUUAUCAUUAUAAUUGCUUGUGCAGUAAUUUAUUUUCGCUUAAGAAAAGAAUGGAGCAAAUAUGAUGGUCGAACUGCUGUACCAGUGGAUGAUACAGAAGAUGGAGAUGAAAUAUACAACCAAACAACUACUACUAUAAACCAACCUGUUGCUGGCCCCAGCAGGAAUCCAUCAUCAGAACAACUUCUUUAUGGUAUUGAUAACCAAGGUUUGGAUACAGAUUUUAAUUCAGUAUUUGAAAAUAUACAAAUAAAAUCCCCACAAAGGAGUUUAAUAUAAUUUUAACGAAUUAUUUAAAUUUUUAAUUUGUCCUAGUCUAAUGUGUACAACUCUGAGUUAGUGAACCAAUUUGGAAUUAUACAUCCUUAUUUAUUAGUAGAAAUUCAUUCUAUGUCUUGUAAUGUAAACAUAAUUUCUUUUAAAUCUGUAAAUAGUAUGUUUAUUAUAGAUAUUUACCAUAGCCAGUUGCUUCUCAGCAGCACAUUAUAUGUUAUAUAAGUAACCAUUUUUCUCAAGGGUUAAGACUAAAAAUUUGGUAUGUGAUUGAUAUAGAUGAUAAUGUGAUAAAUUUAGUAUUUUAAUUGUAAUUUAGGCAUAUACUUAAUUAUUAGCAUUUUUGUACAAUAUCAUAUUAUGAAAAUAAAAAAAAUUAAACAAAAGUUUAUAA